GACUUAAUUUAGAGAGUCACGUGAUCAUCAGUGUUCUCUUAAGGAUGUGAGACAGAAAUAAUAAUAUAAACAGCUGCAAGUCAGAUAGCACAUUAGUGUUUCUGCAAGCCUCUGCUGACAUGAACUAUUUGGUUUACUUCAUUCACGCGGCGCUGCACUGUUGGAUUGUGGGAUCGGUCGUUUCUAGCGUCAAUGGACAGCAGGUCUGGCCAGUGCCUUACAAGCGACUUGACAGGCGUCCAGAUGUUGAUCCCUUCUGCCAGGCUUUAUACCCAUUCUGCCCGACCGGGGAUCCAGACGGCCGGAUACCCGUGAUGAGCGACUCGGACAUCAUCUCGGUGUUCAGACUGCAGACUCCGGUGUGGGAGUUCAAAUAUGGAGACAUGCUGGGAAAGUUUCAUAUCAUGCAUGAUGCCAUUGGCUUUGGAAGUGCAAGAACGGAAAGAAACUUCACCAUGGAGUGGUACGAGCUGUUUCAGCUGGGGAACUGCACUUUCCCGCAUGAGAGAGCGAGCGUGAGUGCGCCCUUCUGGUGUAAUCAGGGAGCCGCGUGCUUCUACGAGGGCAUCGAUGACAUUCACUGGAAACAGAAUGGCACUCUGGAGAAGAUAGGAGAGAUUUCAGGUGAGAUGUUCAAUGAGAUGGCUCGCUGGGUUCAGGAGGACAAUGAAACGGGUGUUUAUUACGAGACUUGGAUGGUAAAGUCAGAUCCUGGUGCAAAUGCCACAACGUGGUUUGAGUCCUACGACUGUUCUCAGUUUGUGCACCGCACUUAUAAGACGUUACUGGAUAUGGGUGCCGAACUGUCCAGCCAAACGCCAACAUAUUACACAAAGAUCUAUCUGUACAGCGGAGAGCCACUUUAUUUGGGAGACGACUCCAUCUUUCAACAGUCUUCCACGAAAGAUCUCGCCACAGACAUCAAGAAGUUCUACCACUCGUUUCGCUCCCACCAAUCAGUCAUUGAAAUGAUCGAGAGCUUGUUGGAGGCUUUUGAAAAGAUGGUCCUAGAGAAGACCUUCUAUUUCUACUACAACUCUGAAUAUUGGAAGCUGCCUAUGAAAUAUCCAUACAUUAAAAUAAUCUAUGAGGAGAUUCCUUUACCAUAACCACAUUAUUUUUGCUAAUAAAUAAUUGCAUUUUAAAUUUUCUAUUUCCAUUCUAGAUUGUCAGAUUUAUCAGAUAAAGUGUUAAUAAUUUAUACUAAUGCAAAAAUCCUUUUAAUGUCUUGUUGCUGUACUGCACAUUGAUGAAUAUUGUCGCCUUAAUGUAAAUGAUUUGAAAAACAGCCACAAUUUUUCACGCAAUGUUUAUUCACCCUCAUUUCAAUAAAAGAAUGUUAUAUUCAUGUUUUUUACAACAACACAAAAAAGAAAUGUGAUGCUUUCAUAUUCGCAAUACAAACAAUAUGCUCACUUGCUUCAGAAAAAAAUCUAAUACAUAAGCACUGGGUUUGAUGCUAUUUGUCAAUUUGUUUCUCAUUUCCUAUGCUCUGGUUUACACGGAGUUGAUGUAAUGCUCUUCAGCUUGCACUAACAAAAAGCUUUUUGUGUCAAAUUGGCAAGAUAUGCGCUGCUAACUAAAGCCGAGCUUGUGUAAUUUAAUUUGUAUGUGAACUACUAGGCUUUGGCUUCCCUUAUCUGAUCAUUUUCAGGAAUAUUUCAUUUUCAGAUGCUGGCAGGAAUCUUAGUUUACUUUAGUCGCUACAACAAUUUGCAAAAGCUAAAACAGCUUUAAUUCUUGAUAACGGGUUAAAAAAUCUAUUACAUGUUAUUGACUUUGAUAUAUGCAUAUAAAUCAACAAGGAGCAUCUCACUCAAAGCUUAACUAUCAGUAUAAGGCGAUUAAUAAUAAUAAAAAUAAAAAGUAUAUUAAUAAGUUAGACUGAUCAAAUCUAAUUACAAGGGUACAAAGAUCCAUCAAGGAGUAAUUCCCACUCAUCUGAAAGAGAUCAGCACAGAAACACUUCAAAAUAAGUAUUUCUAUUUAUGUCAAACACACAGCAUUUUAUAGAGACACGUGGGACUUCCUUCUUAAAGGAAAAUGUUUUCACUGCUUCUCUCCAAUACUGAAUCAUAUUGAACUGAAACGAAGGGGCGUAUUUUAACGCGGCCAGAUCGUGCAUUGUGUGCAUAUCCAGACUAAUUCAUUCAUUAUAUGGUCGUAUCCCAUUCAAUUUGUCAUUGCACAACAUUCUUCAUGCAAUCUAAUAGAAGCCAAUCAACGCUUCAUUGUAUCCCUAAGAUGCUUUCACUAUUUUCUUCCAAAUUUAAGGACACAAGUGAGCUGUGAGCCAAACACUGAUCCUUUCAUUUCCUUCCACUCUGACAUACCUAAGACCUUGAAAAUAUGCUGUUUUAUUGUUCUGCACCCUCCUCCCUGCUACACCCAAAUAUGAGCAACUAAACCACCAGAAAGAGAAAUUUCAAUUUGGUAUAAGGUGCAUAUUAUUCACUAUACAUCUUUGUACAAAAGCACCGCAAUACCAAACCUGUUAUAUUACAAAAUGUUUGAAUCACGUAAAAUAUAGUUAAUCAUCUAUCUACAUAAACCAAAAGCCCAACCCUGAUGGUUGUGCACUUCUUUUUAUCCUUGUAUUUGUGUUGGUGAACAUAGUGAGAGGCCACUAGUUAGCAAAUAACAACAGCUCUCAUUAGUGUUAUGGCUUUUCAUGCCACUAGAGGAGCUGCUGAAGAUUCCUAGUGAGAACCUGCUACACAAAGUAGCCUUCAGAUUAAUCAAAUGCGAGAUGCUGGGAUGGGCUCCAACAUCCCUGUGGACAAGCAUUUGGGAAAAUGGAUGGUUAGUUGCUUAAAUGUUGAGCCACUGAAGACAUACAGAUACACAGCGGGACUAAGUGACUAAGAAAUAGUGAAGCAUCUGCUGAGAAUGUCAACAAAGAGCCUAUUCAUCUAAAUACAUGAAUAAUGAAUAUCUGCGUCUAAAUAAAACAGCUUUCAGUUGCAGUUUCUUUUCGAGUAAUUUUAUCUAAUUUUUGUCCUGAAAAUGUAACUUACAGUAUAUACAUGUUAUGUCAUGUACAGCAAUCCUUGAUUUAGUUUUAGUGUCAAGAGAGAGAGAAAAAAAAAAAAAAGAUAAAUUAGUAAAUUUUACAAAAUGUCCAGGGCUGCAUUUCCCAUAAGCA